AUGAAUGGUCCAGAAGAAGAUUAUGAUUCUCUUUAUGACAUUAUGUAUGAUUAUGAUAUAAACGAUGAACAUUUUAAUCAGCAUAGGAAUUUAAACAAUAUUAACAUAAAUGAUAAUGUAUCUGAAAAGAAAAUUCAUUCUGAACAAGUUAUCCCUUUAAAUAAUAAAUAUGAAAAAGAAAAGGAAAACUAUAAUAGUAAUAUAAUAAAAAAAAACUAUGAGCAAAAUGAACAAGAGCAUAUGGGGAACGAUAAAAACGUGCAUUCAUUAUUAUCAGAUAAUUUAAUUGACCAAGAAAAAAAACAAUUUAAUGAUAAUAAGAAUGAUUUGUAUGCCGAUAAAGAUAUUAUUAAUAAUAAUAUAUAUUAUAUGAAUGAAACAAAUAUACCGAAAGAUAAUAUUAAAUUGGAAGAACAUAAUGAUAAUAGUAAUAUGGAGUACACAAUAAAUAACGAACAAAGAAUUCAUAAUACUUAUGAUAUGACAAGUGAAAAAGAAAAUGAAAAGGAAAAUCACGAUGUAGAAGAUAAUUCGAAAUUAAAUACUUUUAAUAAGGGUAAUAAUAAAUAUUCUUUUAAAUAUGGUGAAAUAUACAAUGAUACAUGUACUGAUAUUAACAUUAGUACUACAUAUGAUCAGGGUAAUAAAGAAAAGGAAACAGAUGUUAAUGGAAAUAAGAAUAAUAUUAAUAUAACCGAGGAAAAAGCAUAUGAACAUCAUGACAAGGAGGAAGAUAUUAAUGCAAAUGAAAAUAAUAAUUGUGAGCAAAACGCAAAUGUUAAAGAUAAUAAUAAUAAUAAUAAUAAUAAUAAUAAUGUAAAUAAGCCCAAUACGGCUACAGAAAAUGAAAGUAGAAAUACCUUUGAAUGUAAUAUAUGUUUUGAUGAUGUGAGAGACCCGGUAGUUACAAAAUGUGGUCAUUUAUUUUGCUGGCUAUGCUUGUCAGCAUGGAUAAAAAAAAAUAAUGACUGCCCUGUAUGUAAAGCUGAAGUAUCCAAAGAAAAUGUUAUUCCCUUAUAUGGAAGAGGAAAAAAUAGUAGUGAUCAUAAAUAUGCACAACCAGAAGAACCUAGACCAACACCUAAAAGAAAAGAAGGAGUAAGAAGAAAUAACACCUAUUCUAAUAAUUUAGGUUUAAGAGCUUCUUUUGGUGUAUGGGUAAAUCCUUUCUCCUUUGGUUUAUCAUAUACAAACAUGUCAGAAGAACCAUAUUUUUAUGAAAAUAGAAACGAAAACAGAUCAGAUAAUAGACGAUUACAAACAGAAACAUAUCAAGCAGAAGCUGCUUCUUCCUUCUUCUUUUUUCUAGGAUUCUUCCUAUCCUUAUAUAUUUUGUUUUAUUCCUCUUAA